UUCAUAGACAUGAUGGAAUUCUGAUCAACUCUCAAUCUUAACAACAGAACCAAAUGUAGAGUAUCAAUUUGCACCCAGGGGAAUAGUGGUGUACUGUACUUAGAAUGUAUUUUCAUUUCGGAGCAAUCCAGGGGUUCACACACCCCUAUUCUUUUCGGAACAUGGAAAACCUAACUAUGUUAUACUGCACGCAAGAUAAUAGGCAAAAUAUUAGAAUAAAAGGAGCGUUUCCUACUGUUUCCUUAUAUAACAAUGUCGGUGGCAUUUUCAUCGGCGCGCCCAAGGAGCAAAGGGGAGGUGACACAACAAACGAUACAAAAGAUGCUGGAUGAAAAUCACCAUCUGAUACAAUGCAUCAUGGAUUACCAGAGCAAAGGGAAAACAGCAGAAUGCACACAGUAUCAGCAGAUCCUUCACAGAAACUUAGUCUACCUGGCCACGAUAGCGGAUUCUAAUCAGAACAUGCAGUCACUGUUACCUGCACCUCCUACCCCUAACAUGGGGAGUAUAGGUGCUGGAGGAAUGGGACAGAGCGGAGGCAGCGGGCCCCUACACUCCCAGAGUAACCUCAACGACACCAUGACCCCUGGCCUGCCCCCUACUGCUAUGAUGCAGAGUCAGAUGAGCAAUGGCCCCAGCCACGCUCCCAUGCAGCAGCAGGCGGGUCAGACACAGUCGGCUGGGACCUCAUCCACGUCCCUCAGCCUGCCAGCCAGCACCCACGGCUCAGCCUCCGGCUACAGCCACCCCGUGCCCCCCUCCUCCCAGGGCAGCAUGGUCCAGGGCCUCGGCCCAGGCUACGGUUCUUCCUCUUCCUCUUCUACCUCCUCCCGCAGCAACCUCAACAUGCAGUCUAACACAGUCUCCAUGAUGCACCAGCAGUCGCGCCACACCUCAUUACCCGUCAUCCCAGACUGGUGCGGACAGCAGCAGUACCAGGGUCAGCAGGCUGCUAUGGGCAUGUUGGGGCAGAGCGGGCAAGGCAACAACAUGAUGAGCCAGAGGCCCAUGGGGACAUACCGACCCACACAGCAAGGAUCUGCACCGCAGUACAUGGGACAAGACGAUUUCUACGGAGAGCAGUACGGACACACUCAGAGCUCCAGCGAGCCCAUAAACCAGCAGUAUUACUCUGAUGGUCAUGGGGAGUACUCCUACCAACAGUCAUCCUACGGUGAACAGGGCUAUGAGAGGUCCUUUGAUGAGUCCUCACAGCACUACUACGAAGGAGGCAACUCCCAGUAUAGUCAGCAGCAGGCCCAGUACCAGCAGGGGUCAGGCCAGCAGCAACCCUUCAGCCAACAACAGUACCCCUCACAGCAGGGCUACAGCGGACAGCCACAGGGCUACGGUCCAGGUCAGGGUGCGCAGUCCCAGUACUCCCAGUACCAGCAGGGRCAGGGCCAGCAGUACAGCUCCUACCGCUCCUCCCAGGCUGCCUCUGGGGCACAGACACAGAGGCCCUACGCCUACGAACAGGGUCAAUACGGAAACUACCAGCAAUAAGGCACCACCUCCUGGGCAAACUGGUGGACAAGUUAGGCAAGGGAACAGUUCUGUGAAUAACCCCCAACAGUCGUGUGUAAACCAGUCUCUGAGUAAAUG